CAUGUCCAGACAUAUAUUAAAUCCAUUGAAUAAGAAACCUCGGUCCUCAGAUGAGCGCAGUGAAGUCCUGCCGCCUCCCUCACUCUCCACUUUUCCCUCCUGUUGAUUGGUGGUUGGCUGCUUUGAUUUGCAUAGGCCCGCCUCCAUUCUCACCGCGUUUUGCGGGGAGGUCUAGCUCGCCACACAGUUCCGCGCACCAAGUUGGAGCUCGAGGACAAGAUAGAGGGAAAUAGACUGGAGGGAAAAUAGAGGAGGAGAGAAUCUUCACAGCUCGCGCGCAUCUUUCUAUCUUUCUAGGCUACAGUUUGAAAGACGAGAAGAGGAGGAGGAGGUUGAGGGGGACGAGCGCGUGAAGGAGCCGCUGCGCGUGUAUUUUUGUGUUUGUGCGCGCGGGGUGUGUGUGUGUGUGUGGGCUGUUUUGGUCUUUUUUUUUUUUUAUUGUUUUCACCCGUUGCGCUUGAGCGCGCUCCGCCGUCAAGCCACACUGCAUUAUGAGGCGCAGCCAUGGCGGGCAAGGGUAAGACGGGCGCGAGGACGCUGGAGGACUUAACGCUCGAUUCCGGUUAUGGUGGCGCGGCGGACUCCUUCAGGUCGUCCAGCGUGUCGCUCUGCUGCUCCGACGCGCACCUGUCGCACGCGCAUGGAGGCAACUGCUGGCAUCUGACCGAGUCCAUGCACAGCAGGCACAACAGCUUGGACACGGUGAACACCGUGCUGGCGGAGGACGCCGAGAUCCUCGAGUGCUCGGGCCAGUGCGCCAAGCUGCCCGAGCUCGAAGAGGUGCCGUGGAGCCUGGCCGAGGUGGAGGGCGCGCUGCGCCGGGACGAGGCGCUCGCGCUGCUGCAGCCGCCGCCGUCGCCGGACGUCGUGGCAAGGCUCUCGGCGCUCGUGAGCCGCGCGCUGGUGCGCGUGGCGCGCGAGGCACAGCGCCUGAGCCUGCGCUACGCCAGGUGCACGCGCCACGAGGUGCAGAGCGCCGUGAAAGCCGUGCUCUCGUGGACCAUCUCGGUCAACUGCGUGGCGGCGGCGCUCGGCGCGCUCUCGCUCUACAACAUGAGCACCGGCGACCGCUUCCGCCGCGGCAAGUCCGCGCGCUGCGGGCUCGUGUUCUCCGUGGGACGCUUCUUCCGCUGGAUGGUGGACAGCCGCGUGGCGCUGCGCGUGCACGAGCACGCCGCCAUCUACCUGACCGCGUGCAUGGAGAGCCUGUUUCGGGAGGUGUGGAGCCGCGUGCUGCGCGGCAGCGCCACCAGCAGCAACACCGGCACGCUCACGCAUAAGGAGGAUGGAGGUGGUAGUAGUGGAGGAGGAGGUGGAGGUGGAGGUGGAAGCGCCGUCAAGCUGAGCGUGGAGGCGGUCGAGCAGGCCAUCAACAACGACUCGGAGCUGUGGGGGCUGCUGCAGCCUUACCAGCACCUCAUCUGCGGAAAGAACGCGAGCGGUGUGCUGAGUCUGCCGGACAGCUUGAACCUGCACCGGGAUCAGCAGAGAGCCGGGAAGAGUGGGGAAGGCCAUGCCUUCAGCCAGGCUGAACUCCGCACCAUCGAACAGUCCCUCCUGGCCACCCGCGUGGGCAGCAUCGCUGAACUCAGUGACCUGGUGUCCCGGGCUAUGCACCACCUCCAGCCCCUCCACAUCAAGAACCCCAGCAACGGAACACCCCAGCACCAGAACCGCAGCGGACCCAUCCACUGGGAACCAGAGGCUCUCUACACGCUCUGCUACUUCAUGCACUGCCCGCAGAUUGAAUGGGAGAAUCCCAACGUGGAGCCCCCGAAGGUCGCCCUGCACACAGAAAGGCCGUUCAUCGUGAUGCCUCCUCUGAUGGAGUGGAUUCGAGUAGCAGUAGCACACACGGAGCACCGACGCAGUUUCUCCGUCGACAGCGACGACGUCAGACAGGCGGCCAGGCUGCUGCUUCCUGGAGUGGACUGUGAACCGCGGCAGCUGAAAGCGGAUGACUGCUUUUGUGCCACGCGGAAACUGGACGCAGCUUCUACAGAGGCCAAGUUUCUGCAGGACCUUGGCUUCCGCAUGCUGAACUGUGGCCGCACUGACCUGGUGAAGCAAGCGGUCAAUCUGCUCGGACCUGAUGGCAUCAACAGCAUGAGCGAACAGGGGAUGACCCCGCUCAUGUAUGCCUGUGUUCGUGGUGACGAGGCCAUGGUGCAGAUGCUGCUGGACGCUGGGGCAGAUAUCAACAGUGAGGUGCCCAGCUCAGUACACAGGCACCCCUCAGUUUACCCCGACACCAGGCAGGGGACUCCACUCACAUUCGCCGUGUUGCACGGACACGUCCCUGUCGUGCAGCUGCUGUUGGAUGCUCGAGCCAAUGUGGAGGGGGCAGUGCAGGACGGAGCUGAGAACUACACUGAAACGCCGCUCCAGCUAGCCUCUGCUGCAGGCAACUUUGAGCUGGUCAGCCUCCUUCUGGAGAGGGGAGCAGACCCUCUGAUUGGCACCACGUACCGCAACGGGAUGACUUCUGCUCCAUUAGGGGAUAUGAACUCAUACAGCCUGGCUGCAGCACAUGGACACAGGAACGUGUUCCGGAAGCUCCUGUCUCAGGUAGACAAAGAUAAGGGUGACGUCUUGUCUCUGGAGGAGAUCCUGGCCGAGGGUUCGGAGCCUGGUGGAGAGAAGAGAACAUCACACUCGGAGGGCACUCUGCGGACAGGCAAGGCCAAACUGAGGGCCCUCCGAGAGGCCAUGUACCACAGCGCCGAACACGGCCAUGUGGACAUUACCAUAGACAUCCGCAGCCUGGGUGUACCGUGGACUCUGCACACAUGGCUGGAGUCUCUGAGGACAUGCUUUGUGCAGCAGCGGAGGCCGCUGAUCCAGGGUCUGCUGAAAGACUUCAGCUGUAUUCAGGAGGAGGAGUACACAGAGGAGCUCAUCACCCAUGGCCUGCCACUCAUGUUCCAGAUCCUCCGAGCCAGCAAGAACGAAGUCAUCAGCCAGCAGCUAUCUGUUAUCUUCACCCAGUGCUAUGGGCCUUUUCCAAUCCCCAAGCUGACAGAGAUCAAAAAGAAGCAGACGUCCCGACUGGAUCCACACUUCCUGAACAAUAAAGAGAUGUCUGACGUGACGUUCCUGGUGGAGGGAAAACCUUUCUAUGCUCACAAAGUGCUGCUCUUCACAGCUUCAGCCAGGUUCAAGUCUCUGCUUUCCAACAGACCUGCUGCUGAGAACACUUGCAUAGAAAUCAGUCAUGUGAAGUACAACAUUUUCCAGUUGGUGAUGCAGUAUCUGUACUGUGGAGGCACUGAGUCACUGCACAUCAGAAACACUGAAGUCAUGGAGCUCCUGUCUGCAGCCAAAUUCUUCCAGCUUGAGGCCCUCCAACGACACUGUGAGAUCAUCUGCUCCAAGAACAUCACCAUAGAAACAUGUGUGGAAAUUUACAAGCAUACCAAGUUCCUGGGGGCCGCCGAACUCUCUGCCUUCAUCGAGGGCUUCUUCCUGAAGAACAUGGUGCUCCUGAUAGAGCUGGAGAACUUUAAGCAGCUGCUGUAUGAGGUGCCUGCAGAGAGUCCGGGGCCAGGCCCCUCCUAUGACGUCCUACAAGACCUGGAGCGGACCCUGGCCACUCGCAUCCAGUCCAUCCAUCUCUCCUCUUCCAAGGGCUCCAUUGUCUGACAGGUUUUUUUUUUUUUUGCCUGCUGUGGGACCAUGGAUUCGGUGUGGGCUCCUUGUUGUGUCUUUGGCCGGUAGCUUAGAGUUUGUGUGUUUGAGGGCAGAUUGAAAACUUGUCUGCCCAGUGGAAUGCAUGUGGGACGCCCUGUUUUUUUUUUUUUUUUGUUAGAUAGUUUGUUUGUUUGUUUGUUUGUCUUUUCUUCUGUUUUUUUUUUUUUUUACAGGCUAACAUCUCCAUAAUGCUACUGCAAGGCCAGCCAGCUGUUACCCUGUGCCAUUUCAAGGGCUACAUUUUACGUCAUCAUCUUAAAAUCUUAACAUCCUAGCAUCUUGAACAGCGCAAAAGCAGGAGGUUGGAUGCUGAGUUCUCCACUCCUGCUCUUGAGGAUGGUCUUGUGAACUUUGCAGAUUGCCCAUGAUGGAAGAACCCAUGCUAAUUGUUCCUUCCUUGAACUAGCUUUCUUGAAGUAGCUCCAUUUAUUAUAUCCCAUUAUAUUAAAAAAUUAUUUAUUUUACUUUAAUGAAUCUUUGAGCAUUUGUCUAGCCUCAUGAUUUUUUAGCAUUGUGAUUAAAUGAGUCGAUUAAACGAGAUAAUGGUGAAUUUCUAAGGUUCCUUUAAGGUGCCAUUCAUCUUCUCAAAGCUUCUCAACAGCAGCAUUUUAAUCAUGGACUCGAUGGAAGUGCCAUACCAGUUUGCUAUGCCCGGUUAUAAGCCACCUUUUUGUACCUUUGUGAUGUUCACCAAUGAUCUUAGAGCUAUAUAUAAAUAUAUAUAUAUACCUGAAUGGUAUGUUUUACAUGGUUUUACAUUGGCUGAAGUGGUCAGUGAGUAAUGAGUAAUUAGUAAUGAGUAAUUAGUUAGCCUACAAAGCUGCAAACUAUGUAAAAGCAAUUUUCACAGCAGUUCAGAAAGAGCACGCAUUUUGUACGCUAUAAAAAAAUCACAUUAUUUGAAAACUAGACGUGUAACAGAGCACUCUGUUAUACUGCCCUUGCUAACUGUGCUCUCCUAGGAAACCCAUCAUCAUCAUCAUCAUCAUCGUCAUUCUCUGUGUUGUAGGAGGUCCUGUGCUAAGUGUCCAAGUUCGAUUCCACCCACGUUUUAAUGACCCAUGAAACAACCACUGUGCUUAGUACACUGGAAACUGAGCAGUCCAUCCUUGCCUUGAGGUUGUGUUAAAUCGACAUUCAAUGCCAAUAAUCUGCAUGGGCCCUUUGCAGCCUAGCUUUGACUUUUGUAAUAAAAAGAAAAUCACAAAAGAGUGAAAGAAAAAAAAAGAAACAGUUCUUUUCAACUCCGUAAUUACCUGAAUUAGGGGUGGAAUGAUCAAUGAUCGUCACACAUUUCAGACUGUGGACACCAAGUAUACAGUAUAUACUCGUGUGGAACUCGCGGAAAUGGGAUUUACUGUGCAAGACACUUCUCUUUUAGGUUUUUAUUGUUUCUUUAUUGUUUUUGUAAUUAACUAAUAAUUGUGUUUUUCUGUUGUUGUUGACUGCAAAUCUGUCCUAAUAGCGUUUACAGAAAAAAAGCCAGUGCCCUGGUCGCCACCAACCACUUUGACCAAAUGUACAUACUCCAGAUCCGCACAUGCAACUCCGCUUUUGCUAAAUGUGAUGCCAGCGCAAAUAUUGCUGUUUUACCGUUGUGCAGUUCCGUUACUGCCAAGAUGUUCUGCAUGUUCCGCGUUUUUCCUGCGUUAUUCUGUUUUUAUUUAUCUGUCUUUAAUUUCUAUCUGUGUGUGUCCGUAGCUUUUUGGAUGUCUGUCAGCAUCCUGGGAGUGUAAUACCAGCAUGGGUGUUUAUGUGUCCAGGGCUAAACCCAAAGUUUCAACUGACAUUGAAGAACAGUAAGGUACUGAGGAACUAUUACUUUCACCCAAAGAACAUGUAGUUACUGUUCAGACAAAAAGCAUCUGAAAAAAGAGAAUCUCAAAGUAAAAAUGAAAAGGCUUAUAUCUGUGCAUCUGUCAUACACUUUCCACAUAGCAUACAGUAAAUAAUAUAUAAGGAAAGUGGUUAUUCAGUUUGUCUGAAGAGGUUUUUAAAUGUUAUGAUCAUUACUAUUACUAUUGUUAUUAUUAUUAUUUAUAUAGAAUUAGAACGUUUUAUUCUUCAUGGAGAAUAAAGAGGAGAUAAUGGACCUAGAGGAUGGGAUUCUUGGCGAUUCUUGGUUUUGCUUGGAGAAUUGUCCCAUUUUUAAAGCAUAAGAAGAGAUUUAAGAACAAGAGUUUAAAGAGUUUUUAUUCAAAUGUAGCUAACAAUGGAAUGAUAUCACGAUGCAAAUAAUUUUAAACUGUGAAGAGAAUUUUAUUUGAAAUCAUAGUACAGUAGCUUUAUUUUCUUACAAUCUAUGUUAUGUCGUCAAAAAGCGCCACUCUGCUAAUUUGUGUAGCUAAGACAAAGAUAUGGCGUAAAUACAUAUAUUUUUUUGUUUCUCUUAAGAUGUUAGUCUCACUUGUCAGUCGAAUGUUGUCAAACAUUUCUUCAUUAAUUGUACCUGUGCCAAAAUGAAGUGCAACAAAAACACAACCUGUUAAAAAACAUUUCUAAAAAAAUCGAUUUGCUUAAGGAGCCCACAGCAUUUUUUUUUUUUUUUAAAGGUACCGGAUUUGUCAAUGAAAUCAAAGCAAGAAUGUUUAUAUAGAGCUUUUUACAAGAUAUGUUGCAAAUCAGAUUUAUAGAAAUCUCACAGAAUAAAAAAGAAGCAAACAAAACAUAAAAAUCUCAGUGAGCGUCAGUGGAAAGGAGAGAUUUCCUCAGAGCUGGAGGAAGACGAGACAUUAUUCUUCUACAUUAUUAAUCCAAAAAACAAAAAUUACUAUACAGCCAUGUAAUCUAUAUGGUCUAUUAUGUUCAGAAGUUUAUUUAGGAGUACUGAUAAAAAACACGCUAAUCUUAAAAAUAAAGUUUUAUAUAAUGUUAAUAAUGUUAUAUAUAAUAUAUGAUAAAUGUUUCUAGGCUUGGACAGAACAGAGCCUUUGCACAUUUGUGGAGGUACAGUAUGUUUGGAGAAGUGAAGGUUAUUAUAUAUUGAGAUAUUCAACCACAAGAACGUGGUACAAACUGUUAAACAUGGUGGUGAUAGAUAGCAACAUGAAUAUAUGAAUAAUAUGAAUUGAAAAAGGAAGGUAGGAGGGGGGGACUACCUCCAAAUUCUCACUCUUGUGUAAUUUAUAAAAAUGUUUUAUAAAGACUUACCCAUUAAUUUUUUUUUUUUGUCUGUGUCGCCACAGAAACCCUUUUUUUGGCACCACUGUUUUAUUUAAGAGUGUAAAAGUCAGUAUGUGAAAGCAAUAUAAGACACAGUCUUUGUACUACUCUGUUGUGUAUGAUUGACCUCAUGAGUGCUGGAUAUUUGGAAUGGUUGUGUGUUUAGAUCUUUGUUAUAACGAUGAAACGUGAAAUGGUCCUGUAGUUCAGUACUACAGUAAUUAGGUAUUCACUACACACCAAUAAUUAUGAAAACUAGAGGCCAUUUGUACUGUAAGUGGAUCCUUUAAGCAAAGCAAAAUUCUUCAGAUAAAAGAAAAAAAAAACGACUUGCUCAUUGUGUCUUGGCUUUGACUUUAUCUGCUUUGGCUGCUACUGAGACAUGCUUACAGACUACUCGACUCCGAGCCGCCAUUUCCUUUCAUGUCUUUACCGGACAGAAACUUGCAUGCUUUUGACUGACUUUGAGUUUGAGGGAUUAUUGUUUUGCUCUCCUUAUUUCACUUGAUUGCAACAUUGUACAUUGUACAAAAGAUACAUAUAUAGAAAUAUAUAUAUAUAAAACAUAGUGUAAAUAUAAGGGAUGUUAUUGACUUUACCAAUGGAAAAAAAUAAGAAUGUCACACUUGUGCUACAGUGCAAUUGUUCAAUGACAUGCAUUUGUGUACAGCCAAUAAAACAGUCAUGGUUUAA